UCUAGGCUCGCAGGACAAAGGAACCCCCUUGAUACAAAAGCUUUGCCAACACACACACAGCCAAAAUGGCAGAAGAUGCUGAUAUGCGCAAUGAGUUGGAAGAAAUGCAGCAGCGUGCUGACCAGAUAACGGAUGAGUCACUCGAAAGCACCCGUCGUAUGCUGCAGCUUGUUGAAGAGAGCAAAGAUGCUGGUAUCAGGACCUUGGUUAUGUUGGAUGAGCAAGGAGAACAACUCGAUCGUGUCGAAGAAGGCAUGAACCAUAUCAACCAAGACAUGAAGGAGGCCGAGAAAAAUUUAAAAGAUUUAGGGAAAUGCUGUGGAUUUUUCAUAUGUCCUUGUAACAAGCUUAAAUCAAGUGAUGCUUAUAAAAAAGCCUGGGGCAAUAAUCAAGAUGGCGUUGUAGCCAGCCAGCCUGCACGAGUCGUGGAUGAACGAGAACAGAUGGCCAUCAGCGGUGGAUUUAUCCGCAGGGUAACAAAUGAUGCCCGAGAAGGUGAGAUGGAUGAAAACCUGGAACAGGUCGGUGGCAUCAUUGGAAAUCUCCGUCACAUGGCCCUGGAUAUGGGCAACGAGAUUGACACACAGAACCGCCAAAUUGACAGGAUCAUGGAGAAGGCUGUUUCCAACAAAACCAGGAUUGAUGAGGCCAAUCAGCGUGCAACAAAGAUGUUGGGCAGCGGUUAAGUGCAACCCAGUGCGGAUUCUUCUUAACACUGUCCCCAAGGACAGCACUGUCAUGCUUUUCUCAUGGUAUUUACCAACUAGGUUUGCACACAUGCACAUAUCAACCCCUCUUCUGCCCUCCAUUGUAAAUGUUGUCCUGUGUAGGUUGUCAGCUUUCCAAAAAUGAUACUUGUAAAUUUAUUUUUAUUUUACAGCUCUCUUCCUUUCCAAAGGUUGUAUAUAGUACUGAUUUGAUGGCUACAGCUCAUGACAAUGUUCAAUUUCAUUUGUUGGGGCUUUUUUCUUUUCCUCCCCGCCCCCUUCCCUUCCCUUCCCUCCCCUUUCUUUCUCGUCUGUCCAUUUUCGGUUGGUGGGUUUCUUUUUUAAAAAACUUUAUGAUGUUUUUUGCUGAAUGACAAAACAAUGUAGGAAUGCUCAACGUGCUGUUAAACUUUUAACUAUACAGUAUUGUUCUUGUAAAACUGUUAACAUUCCACAGAGCUAUUCCCAGAAGUCUUUUCUUCGGGUCUCAUGUUGUUUAAGCAUUUACGGAUGUGGUGUUCUCUCAGUUCUCCAUUGCUGUCAUCAGUCGUUAUGAGUUCAUGAUUAGACAAUGUGGAAUUAUAUAACUUAUAACAAGCAUUGCACUAAAACAGGAAAAAAAAGUGACGUGAUUUAUGCAUUUAUUGCAUGAGAAAUAAUUUUAGACUCCUUAACUUAAGUGAGACCUUUCCAUGGCAGUAGCAACAUCAACAAUGACAAAAGAAAACAAAAAACUAGCAUGUUCGGUAUUGGGACACUGUCAGGACUAUGUUAUACCAGCAAGUUUGCAGUAGUGCCAUUUUAUUUCUUCUUCUCUAUAUAUAUAUUAUAUAUAUAUAAAUAUAAAUAUAUAUAGUUAUGAGCCAUGUUCUUUUCUUUCUUUUUCUCUUUUCUAAUUUUAAUUUCAAAGGAGAUGGAUUUGGCACUCAUCAUUUAACCAUUGCCAGCAGAUUAAACGUUUGGCUGAAAGUUAUGUCAAGGACACACACACAUACACACAUACACACAUACACACACACACAGCAUCAAGAAAUAAGAAAUAGGUGUAAUAUAUAGAGUUUGUCUGCUGCUUUCAAAGACUGUCUUUUUUCUCGGGGGAGGGGACGGCUACCAUAUGAAAUGUUGCAGAGAAAUGUAAUUUUUAUAAGUCUCUCUCUCUUUAUCUCUCUCUCUCUCUCUCUCUCUCUCUCCCUCUACUUCUCUCCCCGUAUGUGGUUUGUUAUCGGUACAGUUCUCUGUUGCUUACCUAGAGCUAUGCACACCAAAAUCACUGCAAUGUUUAGUAGCUGUUAUUAAUUAAAAAAUAUAUAAAAUGAAAUAAAAAAUGUCCUACAUGAAUGAAAUCUAGAUAAAACUGUGAGAUUAAAUAUAGUUGCCGCAUGUAAUAUGAAAUUCCUUCUGUCUCCUGUCAGUUUGUGACGUGAUUGACAUUUUGUAGCUAGUUUAAAAGAUAUUAAAAAUUAUAGA